UCUUCGCCAUUUACAUGUUUUUCCGGUAUCCUCCCCUAACGUUAAAUAGCGCCGAAACUAAAUUAUCUUUUACAUUUUGGUUAAUUAUUCCACACAGUCAUGGCUACUACGAUGGGAAAGUCAUUCCGAGUUUAUCAUAAAGUUGGUCCACCCUAUUCUGUGAUUCUGGAGGCAAGAAAUAAACAAGAAACACUUCUUUUUGAGUCGGAGGCGGUCGCCGUGCUGAGCAUUGCUGAAACAGAAAGUUUAAGAAAGCAGUACCAGAAGAUGACGGAUGCUUACGGGUGUUUAGGUGCUCUCAGACUCAAUGUCGGUGAUGAAUCACUGCUAUUCUUAGUCCUAGUGACGGGAUGCUCAUCCGUAGGUAAGGUCCAGGAAUCAGAAAUCUUCCGCAUCACAUCCACCCUCUUCAUCUCGUUACGGAAUAACUCCAGUGACGACGACCGCGUCAGCGAAGUCCGCAAGCUUCUCAACUCGGGCACAUUCUAUUUCUCGUGGUCGGCAUCAACAAAAUCGAGGUUCGAUCUCAGUCUCUGCGCCCAAAGGCAGAAACAAGAUCACGUCACAGACAAUAGGUUUUUCUGGAAUCGAGCCUUACAUCUUCACCUGCAGCGGUUUGAUGUGAACUGCUCCGACUGGUUGCUUAAGACCAUGUGUGGAGGGGUGGAGGUGCGGACUGUCUACUGCGGUACCAGGCAAGCUAAGGCUUGUAUCAUCUCGAGGCUAAGCUGCGAAAGGGCUGGUACUCGGUUCAACGUAAGAGGGACCAACGACGAUGGCCACGUCGCAAACUUCUGCGAAACAGAGCAGGUGAUAUUCCUUGAUAAUAAGGUCACAUCGUUCAUUCAGACGAGAGGGUCCGUACCGUUGUUCUGGGAGCAGCCGGGUAUACAGGUGGGAGUUCAUAAGGUCAAGAUGUCACGAGGCUUUGAGGCAUCAGCCCCGGCUUUUGACCGUCAUCUAACCAUGUUGAAGGCUCAUUACGGGGAUCAAGUCAUAGUCAACCUACUCGGAAGCAAAGAAGGAGAGGAUAUGCUGAGUAAAUCAUUCCAGAAUCAUCUAAAAGCCUCAUCCCAUGUUCAAGAUACCCCCCACAUACUGUUUGACUAUCAUCAGAUGUGUAAAGGGAAAACAGAUAACCUCCACCUCCUCAAGAAAAAGGUGGCCACGGACGUUGACCGAUUUGGUUUCUUUUACAGCGAGGGAGAGGAAGUCAUACGACAUCAGACGGGAACAAUCAGGACAAACUGCCUCGAUUGCUUAGACAGGACGAAUGCCGUGCAGACCUUCUUCGGACAAGAUAUGCUGGCUAAGCAGUUAGAAGCUCUUGGUGUUACUAGCAAACCUCAGAUCAUGUCACGAUUCUUAGAAACAUACAGGACCAUAUGGGGUUUGAGUGGUGACCAUAUUAGUAGGAUAUAUGCUGGUACAGGCGCAUUAGAAGGCAAGACAACGGCUGGUAAGCUCCGGGACGGUGCAAGAUCGGUGACGCGAACCAUACAGAACAACUUCUUUGAUGGCACAAAGCAAGAAUCUAUCGAUGUUCUUUUACUUGGAAGCUCAUUAGUAGGAACCCUGGCGGACAAGGCUAGCUCACUCUUACCUAGCAGUCAUUUGCAUGCUUCACCGCACAUUCUGCAAGGUGUGUGUGAGAGGGAGGGGGACUUCACAUCGAGCUCGCGUUUCAGGAUAUGCGUCGGGACGUGGAACGUGAACGGGGGCAAGAACUCGCACAGCAUCGCGUUCAAGAAUGAAUCUCUCGCCAACUGGCUUCUCGACAACCCACAGGUCGUAGAGGAAACGAAUCAAGGUUGUUCAGAGAUGGGCGUUGACUUCUCUGUUCCGAAUGACAUCUAUGCUAUCGGCUUUGAAGAAAUGGUGGAUCUGAAUGCAGGCAAUAUCAUUAGUGCAAGUACAACAAACCAAAGAAAAUGGGGAGUGGAUCUCCAAAAGACGUUAUCAAGAGAACACAAAUACGUUUUACUGGUGUGUGAACAGCUCGUCGGAGUGUGCCUCUACAUCUUCAUCCGACCUCAGCACGCACCGUUCAUCAGGGAUGUCGCCGUGGACACUGUAAAGACUGGACUCAAGGGGGCAGCAGGCAAUAAAGGGGGCGUGGCAAUUCGAUUUGUCUUCCAUGGAACGUCCAUGUGCUUCGUAUGUGCUCAUCUAGCCGCGGGCCAGUCACAUAUCAAGGAUCGGAAUGAUGAUUAUGCCGAGAUUAGCUCCAAGAUUAUGUUUCCUAUGGGCCGUACUCUGGAGAGCCAUGACUAUGUGUUCUGGUGUGGGGAUUUCAACUAUCGGAUUGACAAGGACAACGAUGAAGUCAAAGAUCUAGUAGCCAUCCAUGACUAUGAAGCGCUCAAGGAAUGCGAUCAACUCUUGAUUGAGAAACGUAGUGGAAAUACAUUCCAAGGGUUUUCGGAAGGAACGAUACGCUUUGCACCGACCUACAAAUAUGACCUGUUUUCUGAUGAUUACGAUACAAGUGAGAAGAUGAGGACACCAGCCUGGACGGAUCGCAUUCUGUGGAGAAGGCACAAACCAUUCUACUUCAAACAUAGCACAGAUAAUCCAUUUGAAGCUUUUCCUGAUAACUGGGACCCUGGUCGUGUACUGCACUACGGUCGAGCUGAGCUCAAGACCUCCGAUCACAGACCCGUGGUGGCCAUCAUCGAGGUCGAAGUCCAGCUGGUCGAUGAGGACACCCGGGAAUCAAUCUUCCACGAUGUCUUCUGCCAGCAGGGUCCUCCAGACGCCACUGUCAUCCUCUCACUCACUGAUCACCAUGGAAACCAGGUAGCAUUUGCUGAGGAUGAUAUCGAUGAGGCGGUGGAGCUGACUGCGUCAGAAGGCGUGGCUAUACUUGUCAGGUUUGUUGGAUCUGACAUGCUGGUGACCUUCCGGCACGGACACAGUGCUUUAUCCGCUCGGGAUAACCUCAACAAUCAUAGCAUGGGACAUAAGGUGCUCCAUGUGAAGCUGAAGAUGGAGGGCUGGUUGGAGCUGCUGGAGAAGGAGCUAGCCAUGUGUAGUCCAAACACGGAGAGACUCUUCAACCCUGUAUCCAGCAGUCUGCUCGGGGAGUCCUUUGAUGUGCCGUCAAUGAGCUUUGACUUAGAAGACGAAGAUGAGAAUGGUCAAGAAUUUGGAUCCCUCAAACCGGACCUCCCUACCCCCCUCCUACCAACCGUGGGAGGGUCAAGAUCGGGCACCCCUUCCCCCACGGUAGAACUCCAGGAGGGUCCAGAUAGGCCCAAGAGACCGCCCCGGCCUGCUAGGCCAGGCAGACCCCCUCCAAGGGGAGGAAAUGUGGAAGAGGCUCAGGCAGAGACCGAAGCCAAAGUUGCAUCCCAGAAACGCAUACCUCCCGCAAGGCCUGGUCCCCCGACGCGUCCUGCUAGACCAAAUGCGCCACCCUCAAGACCCCAGGCUCCACCGGUAGAGGAGAGCAAGAGGAAAACCGAUGCCCCUCUAGUAAGGGAACCACAAUCUGAUCGACCAAAGGCUGAGGUACCACCUACCAGGGGCCCUGUACCAGCAAGCAGGCCUCCACCAAGACCAGCACCACCUGUGAUUGAAGGUGGAUCAGAAACACCAGCUGUGUUGUCGAUUGCACCGCCAGUACCUGCAAGUCGACCACAAAGAUCAAGUGGUACGGAAGUAGAGGCACCGGCAGGCAUUCAGUCAGUACCUGACAGAAUGCCCUACAUACCACCAAGACCAUCGGCACCUCCUCGAUCUGCCAACAAUGGUGCCUUCACGGAAGUCCCAUUAGAUCCAGACUCCAUGAACACCAAUGGCACAGCAGCUCAAGAUACUGCACCGCCUGUACCACGAUCCCGCCCCGCGAGACCUCCCCAGAGACCAGUUGAACCGGAGGAUAAUUCCUAUCUUGACGCCAUGAUGAUCGAAACAGACUCCACGGACAAUUUUAUUAAUGAGCAAUUUGGAGAGUCUAAUGCUCCACCUUCUUUCAGUCCCCCUGAUCUCCCAUCGCCACAGGAGGUUGAUACUGGUCCUCCGAUGGCACCACCACCGGUACCACGCAACCGACCAAGACCUACCCCUGGUGCAAUUGUUCCACCACAGGUACCAUCAAGGCCAAGUAUUAGAUAGGAAAUAUUAUAUAUAUUAAUAUAUCUUGUUUUGUAGCUGUUGUCUCGUUGAUUCCAGUGUUAAAUGUAGAAAUUAUUGCAAUAUUAUAUAUUUGAAUAAAUGUAUGUUCACAGCCUCUAUCAUAACUUAUAUCAUAGUACAGUAUGUCAAAAUUUUAUUGUAUAUUAGGAUAACCUGAUUUUAACAAAUAUAUGUAUAAUGAUAUAAGAAAUUGUAUGCAUAUUUUUUUUAUCAGCAUCCGAUAUUUCAUAAUGAAGUCAAUAUACCAAUAUCAGUGAAAAGCAAGUCCAAUGUCAGAUCUAGGCCCUGUCUUUCAAAGAUUUACAAUUGAUCCGAUCAAUCGCAACUAUGGACGGCCAGCAACGUCAACAUCUAUUAUGCAUGUUUGUUCAAAUAUUUUCUAGCUGUGAUGUAUAUGCAUGCAUUCAUUGUUUUCUUGAAAAUUCACUGCGCUUCUCUCUGCAUACAGAGGACAUUGUGCAAGUUUUUCGUAGAAAAAAAUUAUGACACUGAUGGAUUUCCAUAGAGUUACGAUUGAUCGGAUGAAUCGUAACUCUUUGUAAGACGGGGCCCUGAUAAACCGCGACUAUGGAAAGCCAGCAACAUCAAUGCAUGUUCAAAAUAUUUUCUAGACGUGAUGUCUGUAUUUCCUCAUCUAUUGUUUUCUUGAAAAUUCUUUGUGCAUUUUUGUUUUUGUUUACAAAGGACAUCGUGCAAACGUCCCGUAGAAAAAAUGAUGACAUUGAUGGAUUUCCAUACAGUUGAGGUUGAUCGGAUCAGCGUAACUCUUUGUAAUACAGAGCUAGCUAGUCCUUGUCCAAUACAUUGUAAAGCUAUAUCAUGUUUAGUUUCUAAAACUACCUUUCAUACUUUCAAUGGAAUGAAGGUAAAAGAGUACUCCAGGGGGGUGUUUCACAAAGAUUUAAGCAUGACUUAAGUCGCACUUAAAUGCCGACGCGUAUAUGAUAUGCAACGCGCGAUCUUAUUGAUAGAUACGCAUUAGUGCAUGUCCUCAUGACAUGAUCUGACCAAUGCGGUCACGCCUUUCAUACCGUACGCAACUCGGUAUUUAAGUGUGACUCUAAGUCAUACUUAAAUCUUUGUGAAACACCCUCCAGGCUAUAUUGUUGGAGUUCUUGUAGUUUUUGUCAGUGGAAUGUUACGAGGCAAGAAAGAUGUUGACAUGAGCAUGACGAGUAUGCUUAUUACACAGGUACACUCACCUACGCACAAAAGUUUUGAAAUAAAAUAACAAUCAUGAAAAACUUUCCCAUAUUUCUAUUUUCAGCAUUUAAACUGAUGAUGUGUAACAUUCUUUGUGAUAUUUAUUCAAUAUGUUUGAAAGAGAAUUUCAUGAAACUUUAGUGGCAAUCCUAAUAGAGUAUUUGAUCUUAAAUUGUAUUCCAGUUUAUAGGUUUAUCCCUCAUGAC